AUAGUACAUAGUACAUAGUACAUACCACAUCAAAUAAGCGAAGGCGGGAAAGGAAUCGCCAAUUCUGUCGUGGGGAAAACUUAAAACGGAAACCCUCAUCGUCGUCGCCUUCUGGUUCUCCAUUUCGAAGCUACCUAUCACUAUCCCGAUGGGUAUAAAGGGUUUAACAAAGCUACUCGCAGACAAUGCUCCCAAGAGCAUGAAAGAGCAGAAAUUCGAGAGCUAUUUUGGCCGUAAAAUCGCCAUUGAUGCUAGCAUGAGCAUCUAUCAGUUUCUCAUUGUGGUGGGGCGGGUUGGAACUGAAAUGCUUACGAAUGAGGCUGGUGAAGUAACGAG